AUGUCAAAAGAGACUAUUAGAAUUGUAAUAUGUGGUGACAAAGGUGUCGGUAAAUCCAGUUUAAUCGUUUCCUUGGCCAAGGAUCAAUUUCUCCCGAAUUUACAAGAUGUCAUCCCAACAAUAUCAAUACCAAGAGAUUUCUCUGCUAGUCCAUAUUCUCCGCAAAAUACAAUCAUUAUAGACACCAACGAUUCUGAUACAAUAACUUUGCAAUCUCAAUUGAAAUCUGCAGAUGUUAUUUGGCUUGUCUAUUGUGAUCAUGAAUCCUACGAAAGAAUCUCUUUACAUUGGAUGAUGAUGUUUAGAUCAUUGGGUUUAAAUAUACCCGUGGUCCUUUGUAAAAAUAAGUGUGAUCAAUUUGCUCUUUCAUUCUUACCAUCAUCCUCUUCAGAUGCAUCCUCUUCUUCAGAUGCAGCCUCUUCUGCAACUUUAAUACAUAACGCUACCGACAACGAUAACGUAUCGUCGGCGUCUUCAAAGGAUACCAAAGUAGAAGAUGAGGAAUUCAUUCCCAUAUUAAUGGAAUUUAAAGAAAUUGAUACUUGUAUAAAGACUAGUGCAAAACAUCAAUUCAACGUAAAUCAUGCCUUCUAUCUUUGUCAAAGAUCAAUAACAAACCCUAUAGCACCUUUAUUUGAUUCCAAAGUGGGUGAAUUGAAACCACUGACCGUAAACGCACUAGAAAGAAUUUUCAUAUUGUCUGAUAAAGACCAAGAUAAUUUCUUAAAUGAUUCAGAAUUCUUAGCAUUACAGAGGAAAUGUUUCAACAAAGUAUUAGAUUCUAAUGAUUUUAACUUGAUUAAGACUACUUUAAUUCAAUUUCAAUCCACAUACUCCGAGACAAACGUUGUAUCACCGUUAUAUGUUCCACGUAAAGGAAUCACAUUGAAUGGAUUCAUUGCAUUAAAUAAAUUUUAUGCUGAAAAGGGAAGACAUGAAACCACUUGGGGAAUCCUAAGAGCUUUCCAUUAUACAGAUUCUCUUUGCAUUAAUGAUAAGAUUUUAUAUCCAAAAUUAAACGUCCCUGAAACUUCAAGUGUAGAAUUAAGUCCCAAGGGUUACAGAUUCCUAGUAGAAUUAUUUAGACGAUUCGAUAAGAAUAAUGAUGGUGGAUUAGAUGAAAAUGAAUUGAUUCAAUUGUUCAAAGUCACUCCAGGGUUACCUUCACUAUGGACAACAACCGAUUUCCCCUCAUCUACCGUUCUGAAUAAUAGAGGGUUCAUCACUUUACAAGGUUGGUUGGCUCAAUGGAGUAUGACUACAUUCUUAGAUUAUAAGAUUACCACGGCUUACCUGGUAUAUUUCGGUUACGAAGAAGAUGUUAAGCAAGUCUUACAUAUUACCAAACCAAGAAAAUUUAGAAGAAGGAAGGGAAAAUUUUAUAGAUCUCCAAUCAAUGACAGGAAAGUUUUCAACUGUUUUGUCAUCGGGAAAAGCAAUGGUGGGAAAAGUUCACUUCUGGAGUCAUUUUUGGGAAGAACUUUUAUGGAUUCAUAUUCACCUACCAUUAGACCCAAGAUUGCUGUAAAUAGUUUGGAAUUGAAAGGUGGGAAACAAUAUUAUUUAAUUCUACAAGAAUUUGGUCAACAACAACCUGCUAUUUUGGAAAAUAAAGAAAAAUUGAAAAAUUGUGACGUUAUUUGUUUAACGUAUGAUUCAAGUGACCCAGAAUCAUUUUCGUCAUUAGUUGAUAUAUUAAACACUUACAAACAUUUACAAAAUAUUCCCCUAGUAUUUGUCGCUUUGAAAGCCGACUUAGAUAAACAACAACAACGGUGCGAUAUUCAACCAGAUACACUUACUGAUUCAUUAUUCUUAAACCAUCCAUUACACAUUUCUUCUGCAUGGGUAAGCUCAUUAAAUGAAUUGUUCAUAAAGAUAACUGAAGCUGCAUUGGUACCGGGAGAAUUUACACCGGGGUUCCCACAAGAAGAAGUAUCUUCAUCAUCAUCCAUGGGACUAAUACCAGCUGAUGUAGGUAAUGAUGUUAGAACUGCUGUGAUUGUGGGUUCAACUAUAGGAUUCAUCUCAUUGUUAAGUUUCACUAUCUUUAAAUUCAUGAAACCUUCUAAGUUUCAUUAG